GUGCACCCCCCACCCCCAUCACUUCCAGAGUAAUAUGCUUAAGAGCUGAGAGACUACAAGCUAAUUAGCCUGAUUGGUUCAUGAGCUUAAGGACUUUGUGACAUCUGGGCCCCCUCCCCAGACCAUCUGGAGGAGUCCAUGUAGCGGUGAGGCUGAGAGGGGAGCAGUCAGAUUGAGGUUAUCAGUCACCAAACUCACAUGAGGCUAUAGGAGGGUCGUCGCUUCAUUACAGUCCUGGUCCCUCAAGAUAAUAGGGCAAAAUGGCCCGUGACCUUUCAGAGAAAGAAAUAUUGACGAUGGAAUUGGAGCAGCUACAGAAGGAAGUGAAGAACGAAAGGAUUCCGGUCUCCACGACGGCGAAGGAGCUGGUGGCUUGGAUCGAAUCGCGGGCCGCUGAGGACCACCUCCUCAAAGGCGUCCCCGAAGACAAGAACCCCUUCAAAGAGAAAGGAGGCUGUUUAAUUACCUGACACAGGGGGGGCGCCUCGGCAACUUGUUCGGUUUCAUUCUUUUUAACACAGAUGUCGAAAAAAUACAUAAGUAAUACAAUCAGUUACAAUGAAUGUAGUUUAUUCAGCCGGUAGAUCCUAGAGGGGAGCUGCACAGAGAAGACAGCGAUCGGGACAGGUUGGAAGCUGAUAAAAGAGCCCUCAGAACCUGAUUCGAUUACCUAUUGAUCUGAUAACACCGUGUAACAAUUUUUUUUUUUUUUUUUUUUUUUGUUCCUGGGUAUUAAAUGUUAUUUCCUAAUU